AUGGCAUUAAAAAAAGCUGGUGUUUUAGGCGCAACCGGAUCGGUGGGCCAAAGAUUCAUCCUAUUAUUAUCGAACCAUCCAGAAUUUGAGAUCCAUGCUUUAGGAGCUUCGUCUCGUUCUGCUGGUAAGGCUUACAAAGAUGCAGUGACUUGGAAGCAAACGGACUUGUUGCCUGAAAGCGCAAAGUCUAUCCUAGUGGAGGAAUGUAAACCAGAAGGAAAUUUUGCUGAAUGUGAUGUGGUAUUCUCUGGCUUAGAUGCUGAUGUGGCAGGAGACAUUGAAAAGGCUUUCAAAGAGGCCGGCAAAGUUGUCAUUUCCAAUGCCAAAAACUACAGAAGAGAGGCCGAUGUUCCAUUGGUCGUUCCGAUUGUCAACCCAGAGCACUUGUCUGUGGUCGAAAAGAAAGUGCAAGAGGCCAAGGCUGCUGGUAAACCUAAGCCAGGCGUCAUCGUUUGCAUCUCUAACUGCUCCACCGCAGGUUUAGUGGCACCCCUCAAACCUUUGGUUGACGCAUAUGGUCCUAUUGAUGCCUUGACCACAACCACUUUACAAGCUAUUUCAGGAGCUGGCUUCUCCCCGGGUGUGUCUGGCAUUGAUGUUUUGGAUAAUAUUGUACCCUUCAUUUCGGGUGAAGAGGAGAAAAUGGAAUGGGAAACAAGGAAGAUCUUGGGUGGCACCAAUAAAGAAGGAACAGAGUUUGUUCCUUUGCCUUACGAGCAAAUGAAGGUCUCUGCCCAAUGCAACCGUGUUGCUGUCAGUGACGGCCACACCGAAUGUAUUUCUUUUAGAUUUGCCAACAGACCUGCUCCAUCUGUGGAACAAAUAAAGCAAACUAUGAGAGACUACGUUUGUGAUGCUACCAAGUUGGGUUGCCCAUCUGCACCAAAGCAAACAAUCCAUGUUUUGGAAGAGAAUGACAGACCUCAGCCAAGAUUGGACAGAGACAGAGAUGCUGGAUACGCUGUGUCUGUUGGCAGAGUCAGAGAAGAUCCAGUUUUGGACUUCAAGAUGGUGGUUUUGUCUCAUAAUACCAUUAUCGGUGCUGCUGGUGCCGGUAUUUUGAUUGCUGAAAUCUUGAAAGCCAAGAAUGUCAUUUAG